AUGUCAGAGCUCAGAAAAAGAAACCAGGCUGCCAUCGCAGAUCUGAGUGAAAAUAUCGAGGUCACAGAGACCGUUGAACUCACCGAAAAGAAACCCGAAACCACCAAAUCAACCAAGGGACACAUCAUCGAUCUCAUCAUAUGUGUCUCGGGCAUCUACGCGUCGUUUCUGACGUGGGCAGUGCUCCAGGAACGAAUUGCCACCACACCAUACGGUCCCGACAACAAAAUCUUCCGAGCAUCUCUCGUCAUCAACACAGUCCAGUCGUUUCUGGCCGCUGCAGUGGGAUACGCCUACCUGCAGUAUAAACAGAGCCGCAGAGCAGCCAAGGGUCUAAAGAAGAACACCACGGUCUUCGACAGCAUGUACACACUCAAACAGCUGUCGUUGGUGGCUCUCAGUCAGUCUUUGGCCUCUCCCUUGUCCUACACUGCUCUCAAAUACGUCGACUACCUUACCUCCAUUCUGGCCAAGAGUUGCAAGCUGAUCCCACUCAUGGCACUACAAGUGACUCUUUACCGACGCAAGUUCCCGGCCUACAAGUACGCUGUGGUUGUUCUUGUAACUAUUGGUGUCUCCAUGUUCACCAUCUUCCAUGCUGCUCCGAAGAAGGCCUCUGGUGCCGGAUCUGAGCACCAGCUCUACGGUCUGGGUCUUCUUGGUAUUAGUAUGCUGCUUGACGGACUGACCAACUCCACCCAGGACCAAAUCUUCCGAAAGAAUGCAGAUAUUACAGGGCCCCAUGUUAUGUGUGGCCUCAACCUGCUCACUGGUGUUUUCACCACUGUGUCUCUGCUGACCUUCUCUCGUCCUCAGCUAGAUACUGCGAUCGCUUUCAUCCGACUGCAUCCCGAAAUCAUGCGAGACAUCGUUCUGUUCGGUCUCUGUGGAGCUGUGGGCCAGGUCUUCAUCUUCCAGACCCUCGAGAAGUUUGGUUCUGUCGUGCUGGUGACCGUCAAUGUGACCCGAAAGAUGUUUUCCAUGCUGCUGUCCGUUGUCUGGUUCAACCACCGGCUGACUCUCGGCCAGUGGGCUGGUGUAGCCGCUGUCUUUGGCGGUAUUGGCUUCGAGGCCUGGAUGAAGAUGAAGAAGAACUAG